AUGAAAAUCCUGCUUUGUGAUCUCCUGCUGCUCAGCCUCUUCUCCAGCGUGUCCGGCAGCUGCCAGAAGGACUGUCUGACCUGCCGGGAGAAGCUCCGCCCAGCUCUCGACCCCUUCAACCUUGAGGUGUGCAUCCUUGAGUGUGAAGGGAAGGUCUUCAGCAGCCCUCUCUGGACUCCGUGCACCAAGGUCAUGACCAGGGGCUCCUGGCAGCUCAGCCCUGCUGACCCAGAUCACGUGGCAGCUGCCCUUUACCAGCCCAGCGCCUCCGAGAUGCAACUGAAGCGCAUGCCUCGCAUCAGGAGCCUAAUCCAAGCCCAGAAAGGGACAGAGCCCGGCAUGGAUGAGGCUGGAGAGAUGGAGCAGAAGCAGCUACAGAAGAGGUUCGGGGGCUUCACCGGGGCCCGCAAGUCGGCCCGGAAGUUGGCCAACCAGAAGCGGUUCAGUGAGUUUAUGAGGCAGUACCUGGUCCUGAGCAUGCAGUCCAGCCAGCGCCGGCGCACCCUGCAUCAGAAUGGUAAUGUGUAG